CGUGACCAGGAAGUACUUAGUUAUUAGUGCCGGUUUCACAGCGGUGUGGGUCUUUGUUUAUUAUUCCCGGCAGUUUCUUAUCGAGCAUCGUGAAUAUGGAAGACGAAUGGGAGGAGGAGGAGCAGUUGGUUGUGGUUGAGCUCUCUGGUAUAAUUAACUCAGAUUUUUUGACCAAGUGUCAGGGAACCUGCAAGAUACUGGACAUUGACAGUGAGCAGCCAAUGAUGCAGGUGGGAAGAUACGUGUUUGCGGGAGAGUAUGACGAUGCCUUGGGCACCUGUGUGCUCUUCGAGGAGGGACAGUCGAGUGGGGCAGACCCUGAAGCCAGUCCAGAGCUGAGCUAUAAGUGCCACACCGUUAAGAGACUGAUGAUGCAGAGAACCUUCCUUGCUGAGAAAAAGGAAGGAGACAACAGCUCAGGAGACUUUCAGUUUCAGCCACUGAGUGACGGAAUGUCCCCAGCCAGACUCGACUCACUCUCUCACUUCAUCCAGAACCCAAAGAGGACCUCCAAGCCAGCAGGGGAAGGGGGAGCACACACGAUGGGGCAGAAGACUGGGUAGAGGGGUCAGGCAGGACACUGUCAGCAACCCCAUUAAUUAGGUUUUACCUCUGCUUUGUAAUUAUAUUUUUGUACUGUGUAUGUUGUUGAAAUAAAUAUGACGCUUUCUAGA